AGGAUAGGGUAGCAUCAUGGGUGCAUUUAAAUGGAUUAAUAUGUCUUUACUUCUGACACUGAUGCUUCAGUCUAAAGCACAAGCUGAGGCAGAGCAAACGUUCCUUUCUGUCAAAGUUGGAAAUGAAGUGACUUUGCCUUGUGGAAGCAGGAGAGAAACUCAAGAUAAUUUGGAUGAAGCAAGUUGGGUCUUCCACAAUAGAGAUAAAACAACAACAACAACAACACUAGUCCAGCUUGUAAAUUCUAGAAAGCAACUAAAAACAGCAUCUGGCAGACAGAGUGUUACAAAAGACUUUUCCCUGGUUCUACAUAAUGUCACAGAGAAUGACGUGGGUCAGUACAACUGCCUCUGGACCAUAUCAAGACAAAUGCAUCGUUCCACGCUAUUUCUGUCUAUUAUUAAUUUGGUUGAGCUGAGGAGCCCUGAUACAGUCUCCUUGUUCUGCUCUGUGUUAGAAUAUGAUCUCUGUCUUCAUGAGGUUGAAUGGCUUUAUGAGGGGAAAGAGGAAAAACCCUCAGAUAUGAAUGUGUUCCAACAUGCAUGCUCCGCCACUGUGACAUUUCCAACAUCCUACAUUCAUGGGAAAUUAGACAUUUAUCAGUUACUGCAGUGUAAAGUCACAAACAGUAUCACUGCAAAAGUUCAGCAGUUUCCUUUUAGCGCUCAGUCCUUAGGUGAUAAUCUAACAAAAACAAAUAAAGCGGCAAAUGAACCGACCCUGUCAUCAGAUCCUCAAUUAACAUCACAGACAACUUUACCUUGGUGGUAUAUUAUCAGUGCUUUACUCCCAGUAGCACUGUUGAUAACUGUCCUUAUGAUCAUCCGUUGGAAGCAAACCAAAGGAAAUAAAAUGCAAGCUGAAGACAGCAGGAUGCCCUGUUAUGAAGAAUUAGUAAAGCAGGAUCUGAACCAACCCUCUGCAGUGGCCACAGUUCUUCCAGUAACACAUCAGAGCCUACCUGAUCCAGGUGAUGGUGUUUCCUACGCUUCCAUCAACUUCAAGAACACUAAGAAAAAAACUGCCAAUGUCCCUGAGGCUGUCAUCUACAGCACUGUGGGAAGUUCUUCCUUUUCUGGAAUUUCCUCUGAUAUAAACUGCCUUUACUCUACUGUCAAAAAGAGCUAGAAAUACAGUAGUACUAAUAGCGUAAAGCUGGAGCAACCAAACUAUAUAUGGGGGCUACAUACAGCAUGAGUCCUCAUUUAAUUAGGUAACAGGUUAAACUUCUAAACUUGAACUUAAGCUAAACAUUUUCUGUCCUC